AUGGUUUCUCGUUUUGGGGAUACCUGUCGUCUGACUUCUAUGAUGGUGCUGGUACUUUUAUAUUUUUUUGUGGAAUUAAUAACGGGUCAUCUAACCCGUUCGAUAGCCCUGGUCGCUGAUUCUUUUCAUAUGCUCUCCGACUUUAUGUCACUUGUGGUAGCCCUAGUUGCGACAAGGAUAGCCAAAUGGCCAAGCUCAUCCAAAAACACAUUUGGCUGGCAGAGAGCCGAAGUUGUUGGCAGUUUGGUUAAUACGGUUGUAUUAAUAUCCCUGUGCUUCAACAUCCUAAUUGAUGUUGCCAAACGUUUCAUUGAGCCUCAAAAGACAGACAAACCAAAACUCAUGGUAUUUGUGGGGGCCGGUGGCCUUUUGAUCAAUGCCAUUGGUCUGCUCAUUCUGAGUCACCAUGGCCACUCUCAUGGUCAUGGUUAUAAUGUUGCUGAGAUUACGGUAGGCAUUUAUUAA